AGGCCGGUGGAAGUUAGCACAUGCAUGUGUAUAGCAAGAAACAGAUUGUCACUCACACUGAUUGAAAUCCACCCAAAUCUACGUACGUAACCAGCGCUAGUCCUGUCCCGGCACACAUCUAUAAGUACACAGAGCUGCAAGGACAGUCCCAGCCAUCCAUUUCAUCCUUGAUCACUCAACUGUCUAGAAGCAGAACACUUGUUCGUUUUGAAGCUUUUGCUAAUUGGUUUAGCGUCAUGGCCAUCAGGUGUUUCCUGCUCCCUCUGUCCCUGCUGCUUCUCGCGGCUAGCUCGGCCGCGGCUCAGCUGGAGAUAGGAUACUACAGCAAGUCAUGUCCGUCCGCGGAGGCGAUCGUCCGCGAGGAGAUGGUGAAGAUCAUCGCCGCCGCGCCCAGCCUCGCCGGCCCGCUCCUCCGGCUCCACUUCCACGACUGCUUCGUCAGGGGUUGUGACGCGUCCGUGCUGCUGGACUCGACGCCGGGCAACACGGCGGAGAGGGACGCCAAGCCGAACAAGAGUCUGCGGGGGUUCGGCUCCGUGGAGCGGGUGAAGGGCAAGCUUGAGGCCGCAUGCCCGGGCGUCGUCUCCUGCGCCGACGUGCUCACGCUCAUGGCCCGCGACGCCGUGGUCCUUGCCAGAGGUCCCUUCUGGCCCGUGGCGCUAGGCAGAAGAGAUGGUAAGGUGUCCGACGCCACCGAGGCCAGCCACGAGCUUCCCCCGGCCUUCGGCGACGUCCCUCUGCUCGCCAAGAUCUUCGCGUCCAAGGGGCUCGACCUCAAGGACCUCGUCGUCCUCUCUGGCGCCCACACGCUUGGCACCGCCCACUGCCCGUCGUACGCCGACCGCCUCUACAACAGCUCAAGCGCCGGCGAGGACGGCCUAGUCGACCCGUCGCUGGACAGCGAGUACGCCGCCAAGCUGAGGCUCAAGUGCAAGAGCCUUGACGAAGGGACUGGCAUGCUGUCGGAGAUGGACCCCGGCAGCUACAAGACCUUCGACACAAGCUACUACCGCCACGUCGCCAAGCGGAGGGGCCUCUUCCGCUCCGACGCCGCGCUCCUCACCGACGCCACCACUAGGGAGUACGUUCAGCGCGUCGCUACGGGAAAGUUCGACGAGGCGUUCUUCAGGGAUUUUAGUGAGUCUAUGAUCAAGAUGGGUAACGUCGGCGUGCUCACUGGAGCCGACGGAGAGAUCAGGAAGAAGUGCUACGUCCUCAACUAGCUAGAGAAGCUCUUGUCAGAGGAUUAAUUGAUGCCGCCAUGUUGGUUCACACGCUGCAAACGUACGUUGGUUCGGAUGCAGCACCACCAGAGGGUGUAUACUUUUUCUCUAUUAAUACACAUUUCGUUCAUAAAUACCUUC